AUGGUCUUGUUCAGUCUCUGUUGUGCUGUUACGUUUCUCGGGAUUGUGGGACAGGAUCAAAGCAUGAGGUCUACGGUCGCGGCUCUCGCUGUGGGUGCGACGGUCGGAAUGACAUUGGUUCUGAAGGAGAUCCGCUCGAAAGUAGGAUGGGAGAAGCGGCCCGUGGGGAGCGUGCUGAGUCAGUAUGUGGCCCUGAAAGUGGUGGGCUGGUUGGGAGGGAGACAGAGGAGAAAACUGGAGGAGGACACGCAUAAUGUGGCUCAAGUUCAGGAGGAGACGCUGCUGAGGCGCCUGCAGAAACAUCGAGACACUUGUUAUGGAAAACUGCAUGACUUCAAGACUAUUACAGGUGUGGCAGAUUUCCGCGCUCGUCACCCCAUCACCACAUACGAACACUACAGGGAGCUCAUCCAGCGGAUAGCAGCAGGAGAGGACAAGGUGCUCAUCUCUGAGAAGCCUCUCAUUUUGGCCAUGACCUCCGGGACGUCCGGGGCCAGUGCGAUGCUCCUCAGCACCAAGGACACCAACACAGAGUUCUUCCUACAAGGAGUGACCGUGUGUUUGGACGCCAUGCGAAAGGCCUUCCCAGCCACAGAGAGCCUCCAGCGAACCACCAAGUUUUUCUACACUCCCACGCUGCGCCACUCAGAAGCUGGUCUCCUGAUUGGUCCAAACUCGUCUACACCCGCCUCCUCUCGCCACAUGCUGAACCUGUACACGACUCCCUCUCCGGCUUUUGAGUUCCACAGUUACAGAGGACAACAACUGCUCCAGGUUCUCACCUGA